CUUUCCCUCUUUUUCCCACCACCGCCUCCCAAAUCAUCCAUCGACUCGGUUGAUCCCAACCACCCCCUUCCGAAUCACGGACGCGGUGGAUACUCUUGCAUUGGUCUCUACGCGAUCGCUUCGACUCGCUUUCUUUUGGGCCCCUCUACGUGUUGCUUGCUCGUUUGCGACACCCCUUUUCGAAGCGGGCUGUAGGGGGCGAAGCACCUGAUCCUGUUGUUUUCGGGAUACAGCGCGUCAUUAAAUCGGGUUGCCAGGGCCUCCCACCACGCACCACCCCGCAUUGCGCGCGGGCUUUUCUUGAUCGGCCUUUUUGUCUAACGUCCAUUGGGAAGCACAUUGUCUCGUCUUUUUGUGUAUUCCUUCUCCACAGUUAAUUACCACCACCAUGUUCUACUCGGAAACUCUCUUGUCGAAGACGGGGCCGCUGGCCCGCGUUUGGUUGUCGGCCAAUCUGGAGCGCAAGCUGUCCAAAUCCCACAUCUUGCAGUCGGACAUCGAAAGCAGCGUCAGUGCCAUUGUUGACCAAGGACAGGCGCCUAUGGCUCUGCGAUUGAGUGGUCAGUUGCUGCUGGGUGUGGUCCGCAUCUACAGCAGGAAGGCGCGCUACCUCUUGGAUGACUGCAACGAAGCGCUGAUGAAAAUUAAGAUGGCCUUCCGGUUAACCAACAACAAUGACCUCACCACCACCGUUGUUGCACCUGGUGGUAUCACUUUGCCUGAUGUUCUUACCGAAUCCGAUUUGUUCAUGAAUCUGGAUUCCUCGCUGCUGCUACCUCAGUCCCUCAAUUUGGAGCCAGAAGGAAAGCAGCUCGGCUCGUCCAUGGAUUUCGGCAGUCAACUUCUUCCCGAUAGCAGCUUCCGCCGUUCCGUCUCCCAGGAACCCCCCCGCCUUGAAGACCAUACUUUAGUCGAUCUUGACUUGGGAGAGGACGAAACGCCGCUGGGUCAUGACUUUAGUAUGGAAGUUGGUCGAGAUGCUCCGGCUCCCCGGCCUGUCGAGGAAGAUCUUUUCAGUGAUGCUGGCAAAUUCAACGAUGUCGAUCUGCCUUUGGACCUCGGCGAAGAUGAUGCUCCCUUGGAUAAGAUGGAUCUCGGUACCGAUGGUCCUCAGGACACGCUCCUGCAGGCGGAUGACACUCUCGAUCUUGGUGGUGAAGAAGGACCGGCCCUUGCUGGCGAGGAAGACGAAUCCGAUCGUGAAUCCGUCCUUAGCGACCUCCCGGAUGCCGAUAUUGAGAAACUCGGACAAGCAUAUGAUGAUACCUUCCACCACGACGGAGAAGAUAACGAAGGGAACCAGGAAGGAGAAAAGGACGAGAUUACUGCACAACAUGCGCAGCGCUCUAAGCGGCGCAAGGUCGAACCUCUGAUGGAGCUUGAUGAAAAGACCGACUACACUGGUACCGAGAUCAGGCAAUUGCAUGAAAACCGCGCCGAUAUCAUGAAACCCACAUCCACUCUGCCCCGUGAUCCAGUUCUUCUCACUCUCAUGAACAUGCAAAAGAAUGGAGAUUUCGUAUCAAAUGUGAUGGGCGGAGGCCGUGGACGAGGCUGGGCCCCCGAGCUUCGCGACUUGCUCUCGUUUGACGCAGUGAAAAAGGCCGGCGAACUUAAGAGGAAACGCGACAGCGGCAUCUCGGACAUGGAUAUUGAAGCUGCCACUGUCCCUGCGCUGGAGCUGGGCGAAGAGGAGGCGAUCGUGCCGGUAGAUGAGGGACUCGGUCUGGACUCGACCCUGAAUCAGCGAUCCGAGAUUGAAUUUCCCGGUGACGAGGAGGAGCAGGGUUUGCGCAUGAGCGAUGAUGAGGGCAUGGAUCAGCCGCCAUUGGACGAGUUUGACGAGACGAUCGAACCGGCAGACAGCGGACCGGUCUCAAUCGGCACCAAGCAUGCUGUUCACAUCCUACGCGACCGCUUGGGCGAGUCUGCGGCGGAACAGAAGAAGAGCGUGAAAUUCCAGGAGCUCCUGCCGGAGAAGAAGGCCUCCAAGGCCGAUGCCACCAAGAUGUUCUUCGAAGUUCUGGUGCUGGCUACCAAGGAUGCCGUCCAGGUCGAACAACGAUCUGAUGCCGUUGGAGGACCGCUCGAAAUUCGGGGAAAGCGCGCUCUUUGGGGCUCGUGGGCCGAGGAGAAUACCAGCGGCGAGUCUGUCAGCCAAGCUGCUCCGGUCACGGCUUAGAUGAUGUUUGUUCUGUACAGUCGGUCGCAAUUUUCUUUUUCUUUUUCUUUUUUUUUUCUCUAUUCUUUGGCUCGUUGACCCCUGAUAUCUUUGGCCUUUUUUCUUUUCUUCUCUCUUUAUCUUCUUGUGACUGUCUUGGUUCUACUCUGAGAAGACCCCCUCUUGUACUUGGAUGCAGGCUCUGUUUGCUUAAUGAAUUGGUGGAGUUUGGGAGUCAGUUUUAAGGGUUUCUGAGAAAAGGCGGUUCUGGAUUUGAUUCUUGCGAUGUCCAGGAUUUGUUGGAUUUCUGGGGCGAAUUGGUCCGGGACGAUUAGGUAGCUUGAUCUAGUAGUUAACAUAGAAGCGGAGUCACUGAUUCCAUUGACACUGGU